AUGUUUUCCUUUCUGAAAGACUCAGUGGAGCUACCACAAAAUAAUCCUAAGCUCAAGGCCCAUGCCGUCAAAGUUCUUAAGAUGACCUGUGAGUCAGCGAUUCAGCUCCAUGAGAAGGGAGAAGUGGUCGUGACUGAGACCACCCUGAAGUAUUUGGGAUCUGUCCAUCUCAAGAAAGGAGUGAUUGAGCCUCACUUUGAGGUGGUGAAAGAAGCCUUGCUAAGAACAGUUAAAGAAGCACUUCGAGAAAAAUGGAAUGAAGAGAUGGGUUUAGCCUGGGGUGAAGCUUAUGAUCAGUUGGCUGCAGCCAUCAAGGCUGAGAUGAAAGCAGAGGCUGCUGCUGCUGUUUCUGCUGCUCAAACAUCUUGA